AAACCGACCAACCACCGACACUGUGUGAGGUGUUUUGACCGAGUGGUACCAGCGGUGCGGUGCGGUCGCAAGGGCAAAGAAUCAUAACGCCACCGAGCUUCGUUCCUUUGGCAGCCAAGCUACGCAAAAGGCACGUCAAGAUGAAGAUGUCAAAACUCUCCAAUCAGACCAACUCGCAGGACCCGCAGGCGGUCAACUCGAGAGUUUUCGUCGGCAACCUGAAUACAUUUCAGUGCUCGAAAACGGACGUGGAGCGGAUGUUCCAGCGCUACGGACGGCUGGCAGGAAUCUCCAUGCACAAGGGAUACGCGUUCGUGCAGUUUACGAAUCCUUUCGACGCGCGGAACGCCUGCCACGGCGAGGAUGGUCGAACGGUGCUCAGUCAAACGUUGGACGUGAAUAUGGUUGCGGAACCGAAACCCCACCAGACCGGAAGAAAGCGACAAAACAAAUCCAAAACGGGAAAUGACUGGGACUAUUACUACGAUAGUUACUACGCUUCGACGCUGUUCGGGCCACUACAGCAGCAGCCCAACUCGCAGCCGCGGCCACUGAAACGCCAGCGGCUGAUGGCACCGAGCCGUAUGGGCAUGCAGAACAAGCUGAACGGGGCCGGGCCGGGCAUCCUCAGCCACGGCCACAGCCAGCAGCAGCAACAGCAGCAACAACAGCAACAGCAAGUGCAACAGCAGCAGCAAGUGUUGUCGCAGCAAGUGCAACAGCAGCAGCUACAGCUCGCGGCGCAUACGCAGCAACUGCAGCUAGUGUCCGCUGCCGGCAGCCCCGUAUCGGCUGCUUCCUGUAAUGGGCUCUACUACGGCGGUGCCGGUGGCGGUGUGGCGAACGGGAUCGGAUCGAGCAACGGGGUCACCCUGACACCGAACGGGUGCAUCGGCACCAAUGGCUACAUCAACAACAACUGCAUCCUGAACGGGGCCGAGAUGGCCGGCGUAACGACGGCCGCCGCCGCCGCCGCCGCCGCCGCGUGUGGCAACAUGUCGAGCUACACCAACGGCCAGCACGUCGUUGGACCGUUCAAAACCUACAGUAAUCCGGACACACUGAUCUGCGGAAACUGCCGGGAGCUGUUCACCGACCUGACCGAGCUGCUGGACCACAAGCGGAGCUACUGCAAGCUAAGAUUCACCUGCAAGUGUCUCACCUCCUCGCCGGUGCAGAAAGUUUAUCCUGUGCCGUCGGCGAAGUUGCUGUGUGUCGCGUGCAAGGACUCGUUCUCCAACCCGUGGGAUCUGAUGGUCCACGCCCAGGCUGCCCACAUGGUCAACAUCUACGAGCUAGGCGAAGGGUCCGGUGAGGAUAAGGUGGCAACCACCGACCGAACCGCCAACAGCACUCCGACCCCGAUGCCUUCGUCACCCCCGGUACUGGAGGUGAGCAAAGUCGGCAGCGCCGUCGGAGUGACCGCCCUGGGUAACGGUGUGCCGCACGACCUGGAACACGAUCACGGCGAGGACACGCGGUCGCAGCCGACGGUUAGCUCACCGGAACUGCAGGGAGCUGGCUCGCACGAGGAUAUCUGCUCGCUGAACGAGGCCAUCAAGCCGGAAGCGGCCGGUCCCGGCCCGCUAGGCAAUGGGUUCGGUGUGGCUGCGGCCGGCGACCUGAAGGACAGCACGCCGCCACCACCACCGCCACCAGCAGCACCACCGCAACGGGCAUGCAUAAUGACGGCCGUCAGUAUAGACACGAAGGCGCAGGGCCCCAGUGCCGCGGUGGCACUGAAAAUGGUGUCAUCUUCGAUGGGCUUGGCGCUUGCUGGUGGCGCGGCCGUUGCGACCGUCACGCAGUAAGCGCAAGGACCACGCGUCGACACAGUUCGCUUUCAGUUACCCCCGUUAGUUUCGUAAGCGUUGUUUUGUGAUUUAACUUUUAACCUGUUUUACAUCAGCCCCCUUCUCACUGAUACUGCUUCACUGUCUCUCGUCAUCCUUCGGUUCACUCUUUGGUGUUUUAUACUCUUUGGGAGCUUUGUGACUCCUCAUGAAACGAGUAUUACGCGAGCGGUGGCGAUCCGCGAAACCCGAUUACGAUUGCUUCCAGGUCUGUGUUUCGUUUCGUUCUGUGGGACCUCUCGGUCGCUCGAAGGAUCAACAACAAACAAACAAACAAACAAACAAACAAACAACAACACAUCAACCGUUCUUCUGAUACCGAGAGAAACGAAAAGUAUUCUACCAGUAGAUAGUAAGAGUAAAACAGAUUUAAAUAAACACAGUCACAGACAGGUUCACGUGCAGUUUUGAAGAAACCAUGGCAUAAAAAAGGAUAAAAUGGCCGCUUCAAAGCGCUAACGCUCCAGGACGGCAGCAGCACCGGCGCACGUUGAAUGAAUACAAAACAAUGAGAGCUUAUGGUUAUGAUUUAUGUUUGAGCUGCUGUUGCUGCUACUAAAGCACCUACUAGCGCGGUGGCGAUGGUGGCGUCGAAAAGGCGUCGCACCAAAAUCAGGCGCUAAAUAAAUCGCACCCUUUAGUUACUAAACCCUUAUAUGUUGUUGAUAAGAUAAUGCGCGGCUGGCUUCUGGCUGAAUGGCAGAACAAUACAUUCUACCCCGGAAUCGUGCAAAACGGAACUGGCAGAGGGAGAGAGAGAGAGGUAGCUAGGAUUUGACUCAAGGAUCAGCCAUUCAAACGUUGAGUACGAAACGAUCUGCUUACGCUUCUCGGGCGAUGACGGGGCUCGUUCCGAUUGAAAUUAACCAAAAAACCACACAAGAAUAUCUACGGAAUCGCCUCGCGGCAAUUGUACAUAUCACGCGCGUCCGGAGCAUAAUGUCUUUAGCGGAUAAGAUUGUUACGUGUGCGCAUAAUCGGCAUGAGGGCCACACAGCAGGGCGGUUGUACGAAUAAUCAAAAGGGGUCGAAAGGGUCGGGAGCCACAUAUUGAUGUUUAAAGCAUAGUGUAAAACGAACCACAAAAGAAAGGGAAAGUCUACCUAUAACUCUAUCAAG